AAAUCCGACAGCGGUGGGUGCACUCAUGUCGAAGGCCGCUAUCCAAAACUAAAUCAUUUUGAUUUCGUCGCUGGAACAGUUGUUACGGGUCGUUAUAAAACUUGCAUAUUACCUGCAUUAGGUACAUUCGUUAUUUACAUCAUAUCAUCCGCCUGCACCGGUUGUUAAUAACUUCCAAACUCGUACUGUUUGCGGUACUCGACACCCAAACAAUACUUCGUUAAGAGUGAGCAAAAGAAGGAAACAAGUUUAACAAUGAGUCAAAACAACGUCUACAACAACAAAGUUGAGGAGGAGUACAUGGAGAUCGUAUCUAAAAAUGCUUGGGCAUUGGUCUAUCAGAAAAUUGGCUUGCAAUGCCAACAGUUCCAGCACUCGUGGAAUGAAGCCAAGAAGCCGCAGAACAAGCCACUGAACCGCUACCGUGACGUCAACCCCUUCGACCACACCAGGGUUGUGCUGAAGCGUUGUGAGAGGGACUACAUCAAUGCCAACUAUGUAACGCUGGACCGUGCCAACCGCCGUUACAUUCUAACCCAAGGUCCAUUGGCAUUCACCGUGGGCCACUUUUGGUUAAUGAUCUGGGAACAGAAUACAAAAGCUAUAUUAAUGCUAAACAAGGUGAUAGAGAAAAACGAAAUAAAAUGCCAUUGGUACUGGCCGCAAGAUAUCGGUGAAGCCCAUAAAAUGACCUUCAAUGAUGUCAAGUUAGCAGUUGUACUUGAAAAAGAGGAGGAUUGCUGCUACUACUCCACUAGGCUGUUCAAGCUUUACGACCUAGAAAGCGGUGAGAGCCGCGAUAUCAUGCAGUUCCAUUACACCACCUGGCCCGAUUUCGGGGUGCCCACAUCACCCAACGCGUUCCUCCAAUUCCUGAAGAGAGUUCGCGAGUCUGGAGUACUGGAUCCCACCGACGGGCCUCCAGUUAUCCAUUGCAGUGCAGGGAUUGGGAGAUCGGGCACAUUCUGCUUAGUCGACUGCUGUCUCGUCAUUGCCGAGAAAGAGGGGAUACAGAACUUGAACAUCCAGGAGACGCUUCUGGAGAUGCGCCAUCAUCGCAUGGGACUCAUCCAGACUCCUGACCAGCUGAGAUUCUGCUACCAAGCCGUCAUUGAGGGGACUAAGCGCUUGGACCCCAACUACGACGAAGACGAGCUGGAGGAAAGCAUCUACGUCAUGGUUGGUGAAGAGGAAGCCCCACCACCGCCUCCUCCUCGCGCCGAGAGUCUCACCCGGGCUCCAGCUCGGCCCCUCCCGGCCAUACCUACCAGCGAGUCCCUUGGCAACCUGAAUCUGUCGGCACCUCAAGAUUCUAGUUCGGACGAUGAGGACCCGCCCACACCUUCGACCCAAACCUACACCGGGUCACAGUUAUCAUCAGCUAAUCAUAGCAACUUGAAUCUAUCAGCGCAACAAGACUCCAGUUCGGAUGAGGACCCCCCGACGCCACCUUCCCGCACCUACAGCAGUUCAGCAUCAUCAGCUGAUGAUGAAGACGACGAACCAUUCUUCAGCGUCGCCGAAAGCCACGGCAGCGAGACUACGGAGCUUCGCCGUCGUCGAACCCGCGAGCUGGCUGACCGCGUCUCUGCUAUGAAGAGGAAAGCAAGAGAGGCGGAGCGAUGGCACGCUCUCAAGAGGUUUAAAACGGAGGACGAUAAGAAAGAAAAUUGCGAGGAGACUGAGGAAAUUAGGUAAAAUUAAAGAUAAAGUUUUUUCUUAAAGUAAUUAUUAACCGGAUAUGUGAUGCGCGGUACGUAGGGAAUGAAAAAACGUCCGGUUGCGUUAAAUAUUUGUUCUCUUUUAAAAAGUCCGUUACAACCGCCCGAAUAAUGGCCAAAUUCAAAAUUUUCUCACGCUCUCAUGUUGUGGUAUUUUUAAUUGAUAAUUUAAACCAGGAGGUUUAUUGGAAAUUUAUUUUUCUGCAUUUCUUAACAGUUUUCUUUGUACAGUUUUUUUUAUUAUUAUUGUUGCAUUCGAUCAUUGUGUUCUCAUUGCUUUAGGCAGCUCUCGAUAGAACAAAAUUAUUCACCAAAAUAGCUUUCAAAUUCUUAAGUAUCCAAAAUCACUAAUAUCGCACGGGCGUUUAAAGUCGACCUUAAACUGUUUCAUUUCAAAUAGGCCUAUACAACCUCUUUAUAAACUUUAAUGAAUUGAAGAGAAACUUGUAGAAAACACAAGUUUCGAAAUUGAGUGACUAUGUUGAUGAAUAACGCCCGUGUAGUAAAUUAUCUACACACCUAUUCCAUUGUAUUAGUCCAUCAUUUUGAUUUCAAACUGUAAAUACAUCAAAACACUAGUUUUAAGUCUACGAAUAUUUAAAUAGAUUAGAAUAAAAAUGCUUAAUAAUUAACUAAUAUACCUUUGAGAAAUCGUCUUUCCUUUAGAGCAAUAUGUUCAUAAUAGUAUGACAGUAAUUUAACGAAUCUGUUGAUUUAUUUGGACACCACGUUCACAAGUCAAUUUCUUUAAGAACGCGGGGUCGGUCUUUCUUUAUGUGCUUGGAAUAAAAUUAAGGCACAUAUUCUGUUACUGUUUAUUAGUAAAAAAAAACACUCGGAAAAUUGAUAAAAUAUCGGUCAUUUAAAUGAGUAAUUCAGCUUGUUCCCCAAUGGAGGUAGAACCAUAAAGUCUGUACUACACUUCAUUUGAGUAGGUACAAAAUGUUAACAAUCUUGAUAUGACUUUUUACACAAUCAUAUAUUAAACAAAUAAACUAUGAACUGCUAAAAAUAACGAUUCAAUUGACUUAGUAACUCCAACUGAGUGUAUACGUAAAAAGUCAUGUCGAGAUGGUUUAUCUUUCACGCGUCACGACUCAUGUGGCGCCCUCUAUAACGACCCCAUAUUGGAAUUACUUGUAUUAAGCAUAUUUAUGCAGUAUUAUUUGCAAGUUGUAAACAAACUAUCUUGUUCGAGAUAACGAAAGUACCUGAAUCACGAAGUUCUUAUUUGUCAUCUAAAAGGUACGUUUUGAGUUCUUGCAGCCGACUGCAACUGCCGAACAUCUGGCAGCGACUACACGUUCUGUUGUACAAACCAGUA